UGGUAAUAGUGGAUGUAUGUAACCGUCGCCAUUUUCCUUAAAAUUUAUCGAUAAGUAGAUGUUUAAUCCUCUUCGCAAAAUUGACUAUUCUUUAAAUUCUAUAAAAAUUCGUAAUAUUUUAGAGAAAAAUAUUAAGAUUUAAGUAAUAUUUAAUUAGUGAAUAUUAUGUUAUAAAAUGGAAAACGUAGUGGCUUUUAAUAAUGAGCUUACUGGCCUAUAUAGUGCCAGUCCACCAAUAUCAAAGGCAAAAAUGGCAGCGAUUACUCGUGGAGCUAUGAAGGCAAUUAAGUUUUAUAAGCAUGUCGUUCAAAGUGUAGAAAAAUUCAUAUUAAAGUGUAAGCCAGAAUAUAAAAUACCUGGUUUAUAUGUGAUCGAUUCUAUAGUUCGCCAAUCACGGCACCAAUACGGACCAGAAAAAGAUGUCUUUGCACCUAGAUUUGCACGAAAUGUCAAACAAACUUUUGCAAAUUUAUUUCGAUGUGCUCCAGAGGACAAGAGUAAAAUAAUACGCGUUUUAAAUUUAUGGCAGAAAAAUAACGUUUUUGCUCCAGAAGUAAUACAACCAUUAUUUGAUUUAGCUGAUCCAAAUCAUCCUAUAUACCAUCAAAUUCAGCAAAAUACCAGUGGCCAGGAUAUAAGUGGAACAAAUGGUUUGAAUACAUCCAUACAAGAAACUAGCACACCAAUUUUAAAUACACAAGAUGAGAGUCAUGGAAUUCCUGAGUUAAAUAUUGGACUACAUCCAACAACUAAUACAAAAAUUUUCGAUCAAUCUGCAUUAAGACAACUGGAACAUAACAAACAAAUUUUAAAGCAUAAACAAUGUACCACAACUAAUACUAAUAUAAAAAACGAAAGUAGUUCUGGAUUUACUUUGAAUUCAAGUGCAACUAAAAAUAAUAACGAAAAAAUAUUAAAUAAAAAUAUAGAUGGUAAUUUCACUGAUAGUUUUGGUUAUGAUAAUGGGAUUGGGGGUGUUGAUUAUAAUCUAAACAAUAGCUAUGCUGCUGCUAUUAAUUCUGCAAUCAUUAAUAAUCAGUCAGAGAAUUCACAAAGUAAAUUAACCAAAAAAGUGGUUGAAUAUGGUUAUGGUGAAGUCGAAGACGACAUAAAAAAACGUGGACAUUAUUUGCCAAACGUUUUAGAUAGCAAUAAUUUAUCGCAAUUAUUGAAAGAUCCCAAUGUGCUUCGGCAACUUCAAACAUUACAACAAUUUAAAAAACAACAAGAAGAACAACAAAAUAAAUUAAACGAGAUGAGAUUACAAGAAGAAGCUUUUGAAAAACAUUUACAAAAUGUUUUAAAGGCUCAAUCUUCAACUUUGAUAGGAUUAAGUGGAUCAAAUGCAACAGAUCAUAAUGAUGAUGAAGUUAAGUUUUUGGGUACCGAAACUGCAACUAAUAAAAUUGAGGUAAUCAAUUUGGAUGCCGGGGAUUCAAGAAGUCCAACUCCAACUGAUCAUGAUCGUUAUAAACGUCGAAGAAGUCGAAGCCGUAGUCGUUCAAGAGGUCGUUUAACAAGUGGUCGUAGUGGUCGUAGAUCGUCAAGAUCAAGGUCACCUCACAGUCAUUCAAGAAGUAUAUCACCGAAAUCAUCAAGACGUCGUUCGUCACGUGAUCGUGUAUCAACAAAAGAUAAAGAACGCGACAGAGAAUAUGAACGUGAAAGACGCAAAAAAGGAAUACCAGAACCGAAAACUGAACAUUUAAGUGUUUGUACAACAACUCUUUGGGUCGGACAUUUAUCUAAACUUGUACACCAAGAAGAAUUAUCUGAUACUUUUGGUAAAUUUGGUGACAUAGUUAGUAUUGAUAUGAUUUAUCCACGUGGAUGUGCAUUUAUUGUAAUGAAUCGACGUCAAGAUGCUCAUAAAGCAAUGACCAAUCUCAAAAAUCACAAACUUCAAGGUCGUGUUAUUACAAUAUCAUGGGCUGCUGGUAAAGGUGUCAAAAGUAAAGAAUGGAAAGAUUACUGGGAUUUAGAUUUGGGUGUUACUUUUAUACCAUGGAAUAAAUUAGGAAAAGAUACUGAUUUAGAUGCCCUAGAAGAAGGUGGAAUGUUUGAUGAAGAUACAAUGCCAGGUUGGAUGAAAGAUAAAAUUAAUCAAGCGAAAAAUAAUAAAGACAAAGUAUUAGCUGCAGUUGCAGUGCCAAAUAACACUGCAAUUUUUACCGGAGUGGCGGAUAGUCUACCAAAAAUUGAUACUUCUCAGCCUCCACCCACAUUAUUACAAGGUGGUCCCCCACCAUUAUUACCCCCUCCACCUGCUGUACCAAUGGUACCACCUUUCCAAAUGGGGCCACCUCCAAGAUUAAUUGGUCCUAUGGGUGUUCCGAUGCCUGGAAUACCUCCUGGUAUGCCACCAAAUAUGAUGCCUGGUAUGCCGCCAUUGAUGUUACCAGGUGCUAUGCUACCUCCACCAGGUUUUGGAACUCUUCCUCCAGCAUUAGAUAAAACAAGCGCUGGUAAUCCGUUACAAGCUCCGCCACCUGGCUUUUUAGGCAAUAUGCAUAUGUUAGGAUUACCCCCACAAUUUCCGCAGCAGAUAGAACAACCACCACCUGCAACAACACAGCAGCCUCCGUUGCAAUCACAACAACAGCAACAAUCACAAACAAUUCAAACUAAUGAACAAACUACGCCUGCCGAUGAUCAGAUGGACAUUGAAAUGGAAGAUGAUCUCCCUAACAACACUCCUAGCAGUGUUACAAAGUCAAAUGAAACAACGAAUCCUAUGCCUGACUUUAAUAAGCCCCCGCCAUUAUUUUCAGAUCUAUCUGAUUUACCAACUGCUCCACCAGGGGAAGAUCCUGAUGAAGUUAGUCUUGAAGAAAACCGCAAUGAUGAAGAAUUUGAGAGGAGACAUAUGGAAAAUAUUUUUGAUAAAAGAAGGAACGAAUAUACUGGUGGAAUUCGUGGUGAACGCUCUCGUUGGGAACGCGGCGGUAAUAAUGGGGGUCGUAUUGAAAGCCGUAGAGGUCGUGGGGAUCAGGGUUCUGCUUCAGAAUGGUCAGAAAAUGGAGUGCCAUUUGGAGAAGGUUUUCAACCUGAUAAUCUUGAUAAAAAGCAACAAAAUCCUUUCUUUGAUCGGCGUAGUGGCAAUGAUUUUGAUCGUAGGAAUGAUGUUGGUUUCUUCCCUAAUAAUAACAUGCCUGCAAAUAGAUUUGGUGGAAGAGGUGCCAUGCAAAUGAGAGGCGGACCGCAAUUUGGUCAACAAAGAUUAGGAAAUAUGUUUAAUCAACGACAUAAUUCAAGAGGACAAGCUCCGCCAGCUCAAGAUGGACUAUUUUCAAAUUAUAUAGAACGAACAUUUGAACGCGAAGAGCGUGGUGGUAAUCGUGGCGUUAACAAUAGAGGCAAUCGCCGAGGUGGCGGUUUUGACGGUCCUCAUAGAGGUGGCGGUUUUGGUCAACAAAGAGGAAAUUGGCGAGAAGAAGAUAAUGGUAAUAAUGGUAGCCGUAAUAGGGAUGUUGGCAGUCGCUUAUUUGAAAGAAGAAAUGACAGAGACCGUGAUAGAGAUAGAGAUCGCGAUCGAGAAAGAGAUCGUGAUCGCGAUCGUGAUCGUAAUCGAGAUCGUGAUAGAGAACGUGACUGGGAUAACCGAGAUCGUCGUGGGGGUGGUGACACUCGUAGUUCUCGUAAUUCUCGAGAUCAAAGAAACCGUGACAGAAGCUCCGAUAAUGAUCGAAGUGACAGUAAUUUUAACAGUCGCAGGAAUAGUGGAAAUAAAGAUAAUGAAAAUAUGGAAAAUAAUCCAAAUGAAAAAGUGGAUAAAACCCUUCAAGACACUGAAGAAGAUUGGGAUAAUGAAUUACAAGAUUUCGAUGAAAAUCAAAGAAAAUCUAUUAUGAAUGAUAAUGAUAAUCUAAGACCCCCAGGAGAAGAAGACAUUACAAAUGACAAAGAUGAUGAAAAGGAUAAUGAAUUUGCUACACCAGCUACAAGACUAAGAAAGUCUUCAUUCAAUCAACAGUCCGGUAAUGCUGCUACAAAAAUUGAUAACAAUAAUAGUAAUGAAAUAUUUGAUAAUACACCAUUAUAUGAUGAACCGCUUGACGGAGGAGCAAAUAAUUGUACAGAAAAUAGAAAUAAUAACAAUAAUAAUAUUGAUAAUUAUGAUAACAGUAAUAAUAAUUAUAACAACAAUAACAAUAAUGAUAAUUAUAAUAAAAAUAAUAACGAUAAUAGUAAUAAUAAUGAUAAUGAUAAUGUUGGUGAUAAUAGUCAAUAUGAUAAUAAUGACCAUCGUAGCAUUUAUAAUGAAAAUCAAAUAUCAGAAAAUAAUGGUACUCAUUCUGAACAAUGUCCAGUACAAAAUCAAUAUAACGAUGAUGAAUCACAAAAUCAAUAUAUAGAAAAAGAAGAGCAGCCAUCACAUGAUAAUGUAAAAGGAAUAGAUGAAGAACAACAAAGUCAGGAAAAAAAUGAAAAUAUUGAAUCAACAGGAGAAGCACCAGUAGAAAAUAAUGAAGAAAAUUCUUAAAAACUAAACAAACAUUCUAUUAAGUGUUAAAUAUUAUAAAAAAAAAAAAAAUUUUACUCUUUUGAAAAAGAAAUUUAAAAAAAUAAAUUUCUUCACCUAUUAUGUAAUUUAUUGUUUUUUUUUUUUAUUUUAUUAUUUUUAAUGGCAAAAUCAUUUUUAAACUUACUUAUAUAAUAUGUUUAAUAAAAAGAAAAAGAAUCCUUAUUAAAUUUAAAAGGGUUAAUUGUAUAUUAAUAAUUCAGAAUUUUGAAGAAAAAAUUUAUUAAAAAUUUAUAUUGAUCCACUGAAUUUUAAUGAAAAAUUGCAUGUUGAAAAUUAAAUGUUAUUUAUUAAACAAUCAUGACAUACACAAUAUGUACAUAUGUACAUAAUGAUUACCAAAAAUCAUCAUAUUGCUGUAUUUAUAAGUUAUAACAUUUAUUUUUCUUAUGUAAAUGUAAUUUUAAUACAAAAAAAAAAAAAAAUUAAAAAGAAAAUAUAAACUCAUAUCAUAAGAAUAUUUAAAAAACAAAAAAAAAAUUUCUUUUUUUAAGUUAAUAUGCUAAAAGUAUGUUUAUUUUUUCUUAAUUGUAAUAACACUACAAAAAUUGUAUAUAAAAACAUAGAACAAAAAUAAAAUUUCAUAUUCGCGACAACAAAAAAUUUUAUUUACUUUAAAAAAAACAAAUGAAAUUAAAUAGAAGUAGAUAAAUUAAAAUUUUCAAUAUACAAUAUGUAUAUAUAUAUGUGUGCACACAUGUAUACAUAUGUAUAGAAUAUAAUUUAACAAAGCUAAAAACCUUAAAAAAAAACAAAAAAGAGGAACACUAUUUAAUGGACGUAAUCCUGUAAAGUAGACUUUAGAAAUAAUUAAUACAGAUUUUCAUAAAAAAGUUAAGAAUAAAAAAAAAAGAAAAUAUUGGAAAAAUGGUGUAAAAGAUAGAUUUUACAGUAUAUUUUUAUUUAAGUAAUUAUUUUUUUUUUCUUUUUGUUUAAAAAAGCAAUAAAAAUUCUGUUAAAACUAUCAA